UACCCAAGUGAAGAUGAGAAAAGACACAUCGCAGCACAGACCAACCUGACGCUUCUGCAAGUGAACAACUGUUCAUCAAUGCCCGACGUCGUAUCCUACAACCCAUGAUCGAUGCCUCCACUCCUCCCGACCAGAAGACCAAGAAGUCGAAGGCCUACAACCCCAAGGCCUCUGCCACAAGGUUCUGGCCUGAUAGUCUCAUAAGUCUGCAUGGUAAACCACAGAACAACAAUAACAACAACAAUACGGCUUCAUCACUCGCUCGCAAGACUAACUUUUCUAACACGGAGGUGACGGCGAGCCCCAUAUCCACGAUGGGCGAAGAAACAGAAGAAAUCGAGGAUGAGGAAGAUGAGGAGAGAAGGAGAGAACAGGAGGAAGAGGGAGAAGAGCAAUACAAGGAUGAAAAAGACUUUCUGAGGCCAAAGUCAGAAAGCCCACUCUAUGAGGAGUUGGAUGUAGGAACUUUGUAGUGUAUAGUGUCUGAAACAUAACUUGAAGGUUCCUCUGUUCUCGGUAAGCCAGGUGUUGGUCAAACUUGCCUUUAUAUAUCUGUGUUAAAGAAAAGCUGACCUUGCUGUUGAACACACUAUCUUCAUAUGUUUCAGUAUGAUGGUCAUACCUACCUUAACAACGACUCUUACAUAUCUGACAGAUUCAUUGCGACUUUUAGGUAACAAAUUAUGCUUGAUGAUAACAUUCUGUAAGGUAAAUAAACAUCAUGUGUAAUACUGAUAAGUAAAAUAUGGGUAUUUUUAGGGAUUUUUCUGUCAAGUUUGCAACUAUGAUUAAAAUAUUUAUGCACAUUAAGAUUUGAUACCAGUCAUCUGUGCUGUAGUUUUUCUUCACAUAUUUUUGCUAAAAAAUCACAAAUUAGUUGUAUACCAAAGACUGUACAAAAAUUACAUUAACCGACCAUUUUGUAUAUUACCCAAGACAAUUGUACCUUCAAAUAAAAAAAUAUUAGUUCGAUUUACCUAGGAAAUCACAUUAAUGUACUUUUUGUGUGUGUCAGAAACUGAUGUGACUAUGUUAGGGUAAUAGCUGCCAUAAUUACUAUACAUAUAGUGUUAAUUUAAAUUAGAUUCUUUGUCGUUUUGUGUGUGAUAAAUGCCCUAUUGAGGUAGAACCGAAACCCUUAUAUUGUCUACACAUUUACCUUGAUACUGUACAAAUAUUUAGUAAAAAGUAAUGAAUAAAAAAAAAAUAAAGUCAGCAUUCAUUGCUGCAAGAUUUACCAGUAUCAGGGAGUCCAAGUUUAGUAGUGAUUGGUGAUUAUGUGGACAUUAAAAUGUUCUUUUAUGAAUAGCUGUCAUCCAGGGGCAGUGUUUCUCAAUUAGAAAUCAUCUCAUAGGUAUUAUCUGAGAGUAUUUUUGUUCAGUACUGAAAAAAGCAAAUUUAAAUGUGUUAAUGAAUUUUAGUAAGUCAUGCAGAUUAUAGGUCAGAAUUGAGAAUCACUGCAUAAAAGCAUAAAAAUAUUUGUAUGUUAGGUAAUAGUGAACUCUGAGCUUAUGAUUUACAAUGUAACAACGAAUCACUCUAUUAAUAAUUAUGUCACUUAUUUAAAACCAGAAAUAAUAUUGAGGUGAUCAGAUUUGUCCAGCCUUAGAUAUCAUAAUAAUUAUAUAAAGUAACCAUGCAUUAGAUUAUAGUAGUAAUCCACUGGGGGCCAAGCAUGGUCAGCUGUAUGACCCAUAGACUAACCAUCAUUAUGCACUAUGUACUUUAAGAAUUCCGACCAUGUCAGAGCAGUCUGUAAUACCCUAGUGCGACUGUAAGAACCAGGUCUUAGAAAUCAAUGCUCUUCCUCAUCCCUGUACCCUCUUCCUCCUCCUGUGAUCUCAAGAGUGCCAAUUUGCCAUCAUGGCUCCCCAUCAAGAGCUACAAUAGCAGAAACAAACUACAACGAAUUACCCGACACUCGAGUGUGUGCCUCAGGAGGUGAUUGUGGCAUAAGACCAAAUAAUUGUGUGUGGAACUAGCUAACUGUGAUGUAUUCCCAUGAUAAAGGGGUUAUGUGAACAAUGAAGUGAGAGCAGGAUGCUGAUACGAGUGUCAAAAAUCAGUGUGCAGUUUUGAGCACAAGGGAACCAAAGAAUCCUCAUUCAUCUCACAAGAACCAGAUUCUUAGUCUGAGAUAUUUGUAAAGAUAUUCUUCUUGUAUAAAGGAAGAGAUUUUAUUUUCAGAAAUCAUAAUGACUUCAUUUAUGAAUUCAGGUAUCUGUAACGAAGUAUACGAUGCUGUGCAACUGAUCUUAUACACUAGGUAUACGACUACACAGUUUAAGUAGGUUAUAUGUAAUGUUAGGGACUAGUAUAUAAUAUGAUUAUUAGUUACAGUAUCCCUUCCAUUUAUAAUAAAUCCCUUGGUAUAUAUUAUCCUUCGUAUUUACAAAUGAAUAUUCUUUGGUUCCAUGUGUUAUUAAUUUAAAGAAAAAAGUACUAUCCCCAAGAGUAUACCUUUGUGGAAGCGUGGUAGUGAGCCCUAUCCCAUUUUCUAUGGUGGAAAAGACCAGAUAUUUCCAUUUUUGUGGUGACGUGACCCUUACCUGAAUAAUUUGUGACCUAGAAAAUAUUUAGUGGUGAUCCAAAUGUUGAAAACUUGAACCUUGUAGUGACCUUGCCUGCCCUUCAAUGUACCUGGAGACCGUGCUUGAUGAACUGGCCAUAAUGGUCCUAACUAGCCAGCCAUCAUGGACACUAACGAGCUUGUUGCGCGCCCGUGUUUAUAGCAAUGUUUUGAAAGGAAAAUGUGUAAAAAAAAAAAGUCCAAAAAGAUAUUCAUGUUACUUCUUCUAAAAGCAUUUUAUUGGUGACGUAUCUGGCUAUUUGUGUGCUUUUGCGUGUUUGUUUAGGAAUAUGUGACGUAACGAGUGAUUUGCAGCCAUAGUGAGGGGACUUCAAGGCUGAUUUAUCCAAAGCCUUAAGUUUUCCUUCCGCAAGACUCUGUCACUUUGAAUACGACACAUAUGAUAACAUGAAAGGUGCAUACUUUUAAGCACAAUAUGAUAUGCAUAAUUCUGUGAUAAUUUUUCAUGUGAUCUUUUCUCUUUUUCUAUUUAAUUGCAACGAACAAACGAAAGCAAUAAUAUGCAAACGGGACUGCAAAGUCAAAAAUCAAACAAUAGCUGCGCCAAGCGUACUUAGUUUAAUAUGGAUUCUUUUGAGAGUUAAUGGGGUAACUGGAGGAUAUUUUAGUUCAAGAUGGGAAUAGUCUUCUUUUUUUUUUUGUGCAUUUGGCUACAUCUUAAGCUUUAUUCUUCAUUUAUCAAACAGUAGUAGAUAACAUAAAAUAAUGCCUUCCAUUAGCAGGACCUGGAACAUUUCUUGUGAAAAGAAGCAUAAGGUUCAUGUUAUGGACUUUAAACUUUGCCUUAAGCAUACUCACCAUUUGUUAAUGAGAGGUUAUUUUAUAUUUCUCUUAUACAGUACAGUACUUAAAUUUUCCCUCCAGUUGCCUCAUUCCCAUUGUUUCAGCACAACGAUGCCAACAAGGAUGCUGGUUGAACUUCCCAAGGGUAAUUGGCCAGUUUAUGAGAUUUUCAGCAUGGCUUUCUCUGUUGUGAUAGAAGGUCCACACUGAGAAUCCCAUAAACUUGAUACUGUAAUUACCAUAUCCUCUACUUUCCUGAGGCCAGUUCACUUGUUACAUUCCAUAUUACUUGCAGUUGUCCUUCUUACCCUCAUGAGCAUUAAGUAAAGUAUCCUGGUUA